GCGAGGAGGUUCUGUUGUUUUCGAGUAGGCAGUAAUUCCAUGCAAAACAACGAUAUUUUGUUAAACAACGACUCGAAAUCAGUUAUUUCAAGGUGCCCGGAUAGCUUACUUGAUAUUAGUGCAAAAGUAGUGGCGUUACAUAUCCCGUUCCAGAGAAUUGAAGAGAGAUAUAAUCGCAUACCUGAGCCUGUACAGAGGCGGAUAAUUUAUUGGUCUUUCCCACGAAACGAAAAGGAUAUUUGUAUGUAUUCUUCACUUUCAAGUGAAAACAGUGGUUGUACUGACCUUCAAAAAUUGCCUUUUUAUCGGGGUUUACGUAUAUAUGAAAGUGGAUGUGUUGAAAAUGUCUUGCAAGUUGGUUUCCAUCUAAGUGGAGUUGUGGUAACUCCCAAAAUUUCCAGUAGCUCUACUUCGGGUUAUUCAUCAGAACCAGAAAAAAGAUAUAGGGUAUCCAUCACUUUUGAUAGAUGUAAGAUUACUUCUGUUUCUUGUACCUGUGAAGUAAAAGACAUAUUUUGGUGUCAACAUGUCGUCGCCCUUGUUAUUUAUCGAAUGAGGAGAGCAGUUCAUGUUAAAUUACGUGUUCCAAUCUCAGAAACACUACUCCAGUUAGAUCGGAAGCAACUUCAAAAGCUAGUACAGUACCUCAUCUCUGAACAUCACACAGAAGUCCUUCCAACAGCUCAGCGGUUAGCUGAUGAUAUUCUACAGACACAGUCAGUUAUCAACUCUAUUUCUGGAGCACCUGACCCAACAGCUGGGGCUUCAGCUGAUGAAGAGCAUAGCUGGCAUUUGGACGAAGAGCAGAUAACGGAGCAGGUCCACAAUUACCUUACUCAGGGAGGCUAUUACAGUGCUAACAAGCAACUAAAUGCACUGUUUGCCAAGGUUAAAGAAAUGUUGAGGGCUCGAGAUUCCAACAGUGCCAGAAUGUUACGGCUAAUCACCGAGCAGUUUCUGGCUGACCCUAGAUUGGUUAUCUGGAGAGCCCAAGGGACCCCAAUGAUGGACAAGUGCCGUCAACUCUGGGACCAGCUAGGAGCAUUAUGGGUAUGUGUGGUCCUUAGUCCACAUUCUACUCAAGUUGAUAAGGAGCAGUGGCGCACUCUUUUGGAAAAGUGGGCUAGAACUCAAGUAUGUCCUCUUGAAGAUGCUGACUUUCGACCACCAGGGGGAAGUGCACAGGCAAGAAGACCUCUUGAAGAUGACAGUUCCUCUGACUCUUCUGAUGAAGAAUCAAAUGAAUUACCUCAGGGUGAACGCCCUAUUGUCUCCCACAAUACAUCUCAACAACAACCUCGCACAAUUUUUCAUCGAGCUCUUGAGGCCAGCCAUCUCCAGUGGGAUGAUCCACACCUAAAACACAUUUUAGCACAUGAUGGCGUAUCUCAGUGUACAGAACCCUCUUCUUCCGCAUCUUUUAACUGUCAGGGUUAUCCACUAUGGCAUGAACAUAUCCCUACAGCUUGUGCCCGGGUUGAGGCUCUGCGUUCUCACGGGUGUCAGAAGGAAGCCUUGCGGUUAGCUGUAGCUAUUGUCAGGACAAUGAAGCGCCAACAGCGGGAAUGGCAAUGUCUGUGGCAAGCUGAGCAAGAUCGUGGAGUAGUACAACCACCAGUCUCAGGGACUUCCACUAUUAAACCUACUCAUUCUAAUACUGAAGGAUGGGUGGGACAUCCAUUAGACCCCAUUGGCUCCCUUUUUGACACUUUAGCAGAAGCUUCUUUAACUCCUGGCUGUAAAGGCUGUUUAGACCAUUUUUAUGCAGAUUUCAUGACCACCAACAAUCAGGAAGAAUCCGGUAGCACAGGCCGAGAACGACCACGUUACCAACAUGUGGUGGUUCCAAAGAGUCGAGACCACUGUGAGAGUUUUCUCUCCCUGGCUGUUGAAGCUGCUUUAAUAGGGUUAGGUCAACAGAGAAUUAUGCCUUCAGGAGUUUAUGCUCAAGAAAAAGCUUGCAAGCAGGAAGAGCGACUCAUUACAAAACUGCAGGACAUUGAACUGGAUGGUACCCUAGUGGCAGUACUCAGAAAACAAGCUAUGCUGCUACUUGAAGGAGGACCAUUCAGUGGUCUUGGCUGUAGAAUCCACACUGAAAGUGUUCCCAUGCACACUUUUGCUAGGUAUCUUUUCACAGCUCUUCUGCCGUAUGAUCCUGAUCUUGCUUACAGUGUGGGGCUGAGAGCAAUGAGACUUCCUAUUUUGGAAGAACAAGAAGAACAGGAUGAGCCAGGGUCAGGUACUGGAUUAAAUGCAGCUGUUCUUGCUCGCUAUCCUCGCUGGUUUACCUUGGGGCACAUUGAAGCCCAACAGUGUGCUUUGGCAUCAACUAUGCUGUCUGCAGCUAAAGGUGACGUGAUACGCCUCCGUACAGUUCUUAAGUCAGCUCAGAGAAAUAUUCACAGUUCUUCUCAGCUUUUCAAAUUAGCUCAGGAUGCAUUUAGAAUAGCAGUGCCCCCUGACGGUGGACCAAGACAUUCAACUCUAUUAAAUGCAGCUUUUGAACUAGGACUUCAGGUAAUGAGGAUGACCCUUUCCUCACUGAAUUGGCGGCGAAGGGAAAUGGUCCGUUGGCUUGUUACAUGUGCAACUGAAGUUGGUCUUGAAGCAUUAAUAUCAAUUAUUCAGAACUGGUAUCAGUUGUUCACUCCAAUAGAAGCUACAGGACCAGUAGCUUCAACAGUUAUGUCUCAUGCCACUGUUAUGAGAUUGAACCUUGACUUCACACAACAGGAAGAAUUAUCUAGUUGUGCUAGAACUCUAGCUAUUCAAUGUGCAACUAAAGACCCUCCAAACUGUGCUUUAAAUGCUCUUACAUUGUGUGAAAAUGAUCCAUUUGCCUUUGAAGCAGCAUAUCAAAUUGUUGUGGAAGCUGCAACAACUAAUGUUAUGACAUCAUCACAGCUCUUUACAGUAGCCAGGUACAUUGAACAUCGUGGCUAUCCACACAGAGCUUACAAACUGGCCAUUCUUGCCAUGAAAGGUGUUCACUUGGCUUAUAAUCAAGACAACCACCCAGCAAUUAAUGACAUUCAUUGGGCAUGUGCUCUUACUCAUUCCUUAGGUAAGUCUGAGCUUACUAACUUAGUGCCCCUUCUUGUAAAAAAUGUUCACUGUGCAACAGUGUUGUCAGACAUUUUACGUAGAUGUUCGAUGGCUCCUCCAGGUAUAGCAACAUUGGAUGCCAAACGACGAUGUAUUAAGCCUCUCUCCUUGGACAAACCCCCACUCAGGCAGUUACUGGAGGCCACUGUAUCAGCAUAUGUUAACACCACCCACUCUCGGUUAACACACAUUAGCCCCAGACAUUACAGUGAUUUCAUUGAGUUCCUUAGUAAGGCCCGAGAGAACUUUUUGCUUGCCCCUGAAGGACAUUUGCAGUUUGCCCAACUGAUAGACAAUAUGAAAACUGCUUAUAAAGGCAAGAAAAAGUUGAUGUUUCUAGUCAAAGAACGGUUUGGUUAAUGACAGCUGUAAUUAGCUGGCCAUCUGAGACAAGACAUAUGCAAUAUUCAGACGUAGGGGAGUAUUCUUGGACCAAGGAAAGAGAAACUGUGAUGGUACUAACUCUAAUAAAGUUACCAUAUGAGUUUAUAUUGGGCAGUCAGAAAAACUGUCAUUUUGCUAUUAAGUUUGCUUGCCCUAAUUUUUUAAUGCCAUAGAAAUUCAUUGGUUGUGUCAGUGCUCUAGUAGUUACUUCAGUUUGUACUUGGCUUUCAAAAUGUAUUUUAUGGUAUUGUUAUAUAUUGCCAAGAGCAGCGGAGUUACUUUUCAAAUGUACAAAAUAACUAAGCUAAAAGACAAACUUUUUGAUGCCCACAACAUGGAUGUUUGUGGUUAAGCAAAACUUUUAUAUGUACAGCCUCUCGUCCAAACUUGGGUUUAGAUUACAAGAAGCUUGUGUUCCUUGUGGUCCUACCUCACCGAGUGCCACUUUAGCUGUGCUGAGAAACACUUUGCCCACAUUACAAGUAUCAUUAGUUUUCUAACUUGCUAGCCAUUAGGAAAUGUACAGUAUGUAAACUUGUAUUGCAUUUUUUCUGUUCUGUGGCUAAUUGUAAAGACAGCUUUUUAUUCAUUUGUUUGGAAAACUUCUGUUAUAUAGUUUGUGUUGGAUGUCUACUAAGUUUAUUGUAUUUGAUACUAAGUUUAAACUACUUUGUCAAAUUAUAUAGUUUUGCUGUUGAAUCAUGUUGCUGUUCACAACUUUCAAUUUCACCAGUAGUAUUAUGUUUGUCAUGUUUGGAAGUGAUUAAUAUUAUCAUAGUGCAUUGACUAUGUUUGAUUUAAUGAGCUAUAAACUCCAAAGCUGAUAAAUAACUAAAAUGUGUGUAAAAUUGGGCAUAACUGGUUAUGGAUGUUUUUCGUGGAAAAUACAUCAUAUAUCUGUGUUCUAGUGAACUGAUUAUUGAAAAUAUUUUAUUAAGAAACAAUUUAAAGAGUAAAGCAACAAUUCAAAAAGUUUGUGAAGUUAUUUUUUUGUAGAAUAUUUGGGUGUAGUGAUUAUACAAUGAAUUGAUAUUUACUAGAUUUUUGUAAAGAAAAGAAACAUAGGAUUUUCACUUAUACACCAUGUGUUUAAAUUAAAAAUUAAUGGUAUAAAAAUUUGUGUGGUUAUUACUCAUGAAAGAAAUAUAAAUAGCAGCCUGAUUUAAUAGACCUCUCAAUGAACAUAUCUGAUAUCAGACUUAAUAAAAAGAAGUCGACUUCUUUUUUGUAAGUUAAUAACUGCAGAUAUUGGUUUACUUGUUCCUACUGCACAUUCGAAUCACUGUGGAGAAGACAUGACACUGUAAAAGUUAUCUCAGGACCUGGAAUAAAGUUCCUGUAACACUUACAAUUGCUAAUUCUUAAAACAUUCCAUACAACUAGGUAUCAAAAUGGCCACUCUUUCAUAUUAUGCAUUUUUCCAAGUAUACUUUUCAAAGACUACCUUUAUACAGUUAUUCUAUUCCUGUAUCAAGUCUUUAAGAUGUUAUAUCAUUUGUCCAUUUUUGACUUUAAUCUGUUUUAUCAAUGAAUAUGAAACUUAUAGAUGUUUUUCUCAUAGUAAAUUAGAAGGAACAAGAGCUCUAUAAAGCUUUGUCAAGUUUGUUGCUAUUUCAUCAGCAGUAAUGCAUUGCAUGGGUCUUCAAGGAACAGUUAAUGUAGGGUUGAUAUGGUCUAAUAACAGAAAUUUUGAUCUAAUUCUUCUGUUACAUUUUUGAAUCUAAUUACUGAUUACUUAAGGACAAGCUUGGCUGCUGGUAACCCUAUGUUUUACCAUGAGCCAGUAAGUUAGGACAAAUUCAGUUGUUUAACUUCCUGAUUACUGACUCAAGUCAACAGCUGAUUGUCUGUUCAACUUACUGGUUAUUACCAUGAGUCAAGAAAAGUUUAGUAGCUGGUAACUUAUGUUUAACUGACUAAUUACUAACUUAUGUCAGGACAAAUUCAGCAGCUAGUAACAUACGUUUAACUUUCUUAAUAUUUACUUGACUUAACAUUAAGUCAAUAUGACUUCAUUUUUUUUUAUAUUUGUGAUUAACCUGCUGGUUACUGGUUUGAGUAAUGAGGAUACAUCUCACUUUCUAAUAAAUUAAUAACUUGAUAUUUAAAAUACCAUUUACUGACUUAAGUGAAUAAUAAAUCAUGACAACUAGUAACUUUUUACUAUUUGGUUGAUGAAUUGACCCAGUAAUAACUAAAAAAAAAUUAAUGCUGAUAAUAAUUUAUUACUGAUUACUAAGUAUAUUUGUCUAAAGGCUUAUAUUGCUAUAAACUGAGUUUUGAUACCCAUGGUGGGCACAACACAGAUAGCCCAUUGUGUAUAACAACAACCAACCAAGUGUAGUUGCAGUAAUAAUUAGAACAAGUGCAUCAAUUAGAACAGAUCUAUGAAGUUUCAGAAAAUGCUGACAGGAAGACGUUAUGGGGUUUUCCAACCUGUCUCUAAUACAUCAGGAGAUGUUUCUCACACACCAUAAAAAGAAGUAAUAAGAACAUCAGUUAUUUUUCAGAUUAAACAAUUUAUUUCUCAGCUUGUAUCCUUGUCACAUUUUAAAAUCCCUGGGAAAUCAACUUUUCAAGUCUUCUAACACUUUUUGUCAUAUUUCUUUCUUGCUAGAGUUAUUAUGUUAGCCAUUGUUGUGUUCUCUUCUACUAAAGUAUCUAAUAAGUCAUUUGGAGUAAGUAAGUUAUAGCUUCUUAUGGCAAAAUAUUUUCUCAACAUUUGAGUAACUAUUAGUGGAAAACCAGUUAAGAAAAUAGAAAGAUUUUGUUUUAUGACCAAGAAGUAGGAAAAAAGCAUUAGAAAAGAAAGUGAUCAUUCUCCUGGCAAAACCAGGAAACUUAAAAAGUUUGCUAAUAUUUCAUGUUUAACAUAUAGAGUGCUUGAGUCAGUAAUAAGUUGAGAUGUAUUCAAAAGUUUGAAGCUUUAUGUUUAACAUACAGCAUUCUUGGAUCAGUAAUAAGGCAAGACGUGUUCAGUAGUUUGAAACUUAAUGUUUAACAUAAAGGAUACUUGAAUCAGGAAUAAGGUGAGAUGUGUUCAGCAGUUUAUUAUGUUACAUGUUUAGAUUAAUGGUAACAGACAAAGAUCAGUAAUAAAGCCCACAAGUUCUUCAGCUGGUAAUCUUAUGUAAUUAACUAGUUGUCGAUGCUAUAAAUUGUUCAUUGAUUGCUAACAUGUUGAUAGGUUACUAUAUACUGAAUAAAACCAGUUAUGAAGUGGAAUGUAAACUUGAUACGUACAUAAGCUUUGUAUUUCCAGAUUGUAAAAUAUGUAAAACAAAAAAUAUUACUAUGCGUGUUCAUAUACUUCUUUAUGUUAGGUUAUAUAACUUGUACAGAAAAUUUUCUACAGAAAAAAGUGUAUAUAGACCAAUAACACCCACAAAACUGUCAACACUUUAAAUGUUGUGAAGUCUUCCAUAUCUGUGUGCACAUCGGACAAAGCUUUCUAAAACAACAGAAUUUGUUGUCAUCAUACUGUUAGUUAAUGAGAUCAGAGCUGAUUGUUCACUAUGCAAAGGUUUCAUGUCAAAUUUGAUUGCAUUUGUUAAUUUUGGACUUGUGUGCAAUAGGUAUCUUAUAAAACCUGGUUUAUCACAUCUGUACUUCACUUCCUUUCAGAAAUUUGCAGUUUUGAGUAUUUGACCUGUCUGGUAGUGCUCAGCUCUUUGCCAUAUGAAAUACCAAUGUUUACACAAAUGCCAUAUUUAAGUUUAUUUAUUUAACAUUUUAUUUAAUACCCUUACUUACUUGACAUAAGAAUACUGCAUGUAGGUUCUCCAAUCUAGACAUGUACAUAAAAAUAGGGUAUUUGUGAAAGUUCGAUAUCAUAGAAGUGGAUUUGUGCAAAAAUCUUUUUUUUCCUCUUGUAUUGAUGAAACAAUAAAGGCCAGUUCA